GUAUAAAUUCGAAGGCAUGGCGCAGUUCAAUCCAGUGUUGAUGUGAAGAUGGCAAUCAGAGGACCAUACACACCGCUUUUAGCUUUAAUCUGGAUCACAGUUUGCAGAUCCACACUUGGGAUUCAUCACUUUAAGCCUCGGAUCAUAGUGAACAGAGAAAAUGGAGCUUUUCACACUUUAAGCACGUCAAGUGGACACACGAUUGGUAACAUGAAGCUAGUCCAGGAUUCCCACAGACGAGAAAUCUAUGCAGGAGGAAAUCAGAGCCUGUUCAGGUUAAAUCUAAAAAGCCAGCCUCCAACGCUGACGGAGGUGAAUUUGACGGGUUAUGAAUCGGAAUGCGAGAGCGGCUCUACUAAUUGUGGAUUACAAAUCUCCAUGCUGAAAGAGGGAAGGAACGGAAAUCCUCUGUUCGUGUGUGGAAACAGAGAACAAACGACCGAGUGCUGUGAUGUGACUCCAGAGCUCCUUCUGGUGAACUGCUCCGAACUGAUGUAUCAACCACAAUUCAACGAGCCUGCUGUGCAUGUUGGUGAUGCGCUGUAUUACACAAUCUCGCAUUCGGAUCAGUUACAUCUCAGCGGCCUCUACAGAUGGGCAAGCAAUGACAUUUAUACCUGGCCGCUGACAGGACAAGUCGAGCAGAGGCAUGUAAAAAUCUUAGCAAAUAAAGGGAAAGGAUCACUGGAUGGAAAAGUCUACUACUUCUACAUCGAGCAAAACCAGGACCAGAACCCGGACAUGCCCCUCUGGAUCCCCAGAGUUUCUCAGAUCUGCAUGUCGGAUCUCGGAGGCACGAAAACGGUGCUGCAGUCCCGCUGGACGUCCAUGCUGACCGCACGGCUGUUCUGCGGAGACGAGAAGAAGCUGUCGUAUACGGAGCUGCUGGACGUUGCUGUGCUGGAAGCUGCAGAAUGGGAAAACACCAUGAUUUACGCCCUCUUCAAAAAUGCUUACAACUUCAGAGCCGUGUGCGUUUACAAAAUGUCCGACAUUGUCCGCGUCUUCUCGAGCAACAAAUUCAAAGACGCCGAAGUCGAUACUUCUUCCUCACCACGUCCCGGAGAGUGCGUACAGAACAGUUAUUCGUUAACGCCAAACAUCCUGAGGUUUAUGGAAAGCCGUCCUGAGAUGAAGCAGUGGAUUAUGCCUGUACGAGGUCCUCUGACGUUCGCGCUCAACCAUUACUACACACACCUGCAGGUGGACAGACUGAGGGGCAGGAAGUCAGAACAUCAUAGCCAUCAAGUCCUCUUUAUGAGUCUAGAAAACGGCAAUGUUCAUAAAAUCUUGGAGCAGGAGGGCGAGCCCUUCAUCAUCGCCGAGUACCAGCUCUAUAAAAACAGGACACAGAUCUCCAGCAUGCUGCUCGACAGACAAACAAGAAAGCUUUUUGUGAGCUCCAGCAGCGAGAUGGUACAGAUUGACCUACAUGACUGCAGUGUGUACGGGAAACACUGCCAGUCGUGCAUAAUGGCCCGAGACCCGUAUUGCGGCUGGGACCUGCUGGCCUGUUCGGCUGAUAAGGGAUCCUCAGUACAAGAUUUAACCCAUGGAAACCACAUGAUAUGUGAAAACGCUGUGCCCAAAUUCAGCAAGUCCCGCACAGAAGUCAAACAAGACCGUCCUAGUAGCGUCCCUCAGGACUCUAAAUUCUACCUUAAUUGCCCCAUGGAAUCCCAGCAUGCCUCAUACGCGUGGGACCACGAGGGCAGGAAGAUGGAGUGCGUCUCAGUCGAACAUGACUGCCUUUUGCUGAUCGACAGCAUGAGCAAAAAGUAUGAGGGCGCUUAUCGGUGCGUCUCCUCGGAGAACGGCUACGACAAGACGAUCGUCCAGCAGACGCUGCAGAUGAACGGUGCCUCGGCGACCAGAACGACUUCGGUAGCUCUACUGUGCCUUCUGUUCCUGAUCUCUCUGAUCUGCUAGUGGACCCAACCCUCUUCCAAAAAAAACCCUGUGACUAACCAAACAGUAGCAGAGAUGCAAUAAAACAAGACCACGCCCAUCACGGUGACUCUAAUCUUCCUAUGUCCACCUGAUGUGUAAAGUGAAAGGGUUUGUAUGUGGGAUUGCUGCAUCACUGUGUAAUUUUUCACCACAAACUGUGAAAUCGCAUGUAUAGAGUUUCAAAAGUAUUCAAAAGCUUUAAUGAAUCAUUAAGAGCAUUUGCACUUUGUGGUGUUUCUGUAACGUCGUGUCGUUUAUUAGGCACUUGGUUUACUGUUAGUAUGUCAGUAUAUAUAUAUAUAAAAAACAAGCCUCACAAACUGACCGCAGUGUUUCUGAGUGAGUUAAUUCUACCAGCGGCCUCCAUGUUCACUGAAGUGACUCAUUAUCAAACUCUGCUUCCUCCUUCCAAGCUUUAUUUUUAUUUCUUUUGUCUCUAUGUACAUUAGAUAUAAAUACGAGAACAUUUUGUCUCCAUUUGUUUGUGUACAUUAGUUGUUAUCUUUACCUAGAUUGUUAGUUACAUGUUUACAAGGGGGUAAAUCCAUGUAACCGCUCAUUUUUGCUGAUUAUAUUUAAGGUUAUUUUUAAAUGGAAAUUUGAUUGCGAGUAUAAGUAUGAAAGCUGGUAUUAAUCUUCAUCUGAAUAACAGAAGUUUAUCAGGGAACGGAGUGAAGUUGAGUGACCAAUGUGGUUUUAACCAUGUCUUUGUCAUCCAUAUGAGUAAAUGAGAAAGAAGAUCAGUAAAUAAAUGAAUAUCUUGUAGAUGUGUGGUGUGUGUGUGAGUAAGUGUGAGUGUGUGUGUGAACUCGUUGAGGUCAAGGGAAAAAUGGACAUGGUAAAAAAAAACAAAACAAAACCCACCCACCUUCUGAGAUCAUGUCCUUCACCAAUAAAAGAAAUGGUCUUUCUCCCUCAACAAGUUCCUGAGUACAUUGUGAAUGUCCCACACGCAGAAAUAGAAGAAAAACUUCUGUGUAGUGUGGGUGGGAGUUUAGUUACCUCAAAGUUAUAACCACAGGAUUGUGUAGUAGGACCAUGUGGAAGGAAACAUGACAAAACCUCUCAGACAUGUGGGAAGUGGGAAAGGGUUGAAUUAUUCCACAAAACUAGGCCAAAAAAAAAAAAAAAAGAAUAA